ACAAACUUUGUGGUUCCUAUAAAGCUCAUACCUAAACGAUUCUCAUUUUGUAAAAUUCAUCAACAUUUUCUCUUCCAAAUUGUGUUUUAAAAAUUUCUUUCUCUCUUUUCAAACAAAAAAAUUCUAUGGAUAGCUCACAACUUCAUGUUGCUAUAGUCUCAAGCCCUGGAAUGGGUCAUUUAAUCCCAGUUCUAGUCUUAGGCAACCGAUUAGCCACUCACCAUAACAUCAAAAUUACAAUUCUUGCUAUCACAACCAGCUCUUCUUCAGCAGAAACUGAAUUUCUCAAGAAAUCCACUCUCACCAAUGAGAAAAAAACUAUAGAAAUAAUUCCCAUUCCUUCAGUCGAUAUUUCCCACCUAAUAAAUUCCAGUACUAAAGUUUUCACUCAAUUACGAGUAUUAGUCCGCGAAGCCUUGCCAAAAAUUCAUUCCACUAUAGCUUCCAUGACUCAUCGUCCAGAUGCUUUAAUUGUCGACAUUUUUUGCACACAAAUAUUGCCAAUUGCUGAAGAAUUUAACAUUUCUAAGUACGCGUACCAUCCAACUACUGCGUGGACAUUAGCGUUAGCUAUAUAUUGUCAAGUUUUUGACAAAGAAAUUGAGGGUGAAUAUGUUGAUCUUAAAGAACCUUUGAAAAUUUCAGGUUGCAAAGCAUUGCGACCUGAUGACGUGGUGGAUCCAUUGCUUGAUCGGAGUGAUCAGCAGUAUGAAGAGUAUGUUAAGCUAGGAAUGGAAUAUGCAGAUUUUGAUGGAAUCUUGAUUAAUACUUGGGAAGAUUUAGAACCUGAGACUAUCAAUGCACUUAGAUAUAAUGAGAAGUUGCGAUCACUUCUUAAAGUUCCAGUUUUCCCAAUUGGACCCUUGAGGAGAAAAGUUGAAAAAACUUCGAAUGACGAGGUGAUUCAAUGGUUAGACAAGCAAAAUAAUGAGUCAGUUCUAUUUGUAUCAUUUGGAAGUGGUGGAACCCUUUCAACUAAGCAAAUGACCGAGCUUGCAUGGGGUUUAGAAUUAAGCCGACAGAAAUUUGUUUGGGUUGUACGUCCCCCGUCCGACGGUGAUGCAGAUAGUGCCUAUCUGAACUCUACCGGAAAAGAGACACGUGGCAUGUCGGAAUACUUGCCGGAAGGGUUCAAAACUAGGACUAAAGAUAUGGGUUUGGUAGUGCCUAUGUGGGCCAAUCAAGUCGAAAUUUUGGGUCAUUCGUCAGUGGGUGGAUUUUUAACACAUUGUGGAUGGAAUUCAACAAUUGAGAGCCUAACAAAUGGGGUUCCAAUGAUUGCAUGGCCAUUACAUGCUGAACAAAAAAUGAACGCCGCCAUGUUGACGGAGGAGCUAGGGGUGGCGAUUCGGCCGGCGGUUUUGCCGACGAAGAAAUUGGUGGAGAGAGAGGAGAUUCAAGGGAUGGUGAGAAUUUUGAUGCAGACAAAAGAAGGAAAUCGUAUAAAGGGAAUGGCUAAGAAGUUAAAGAAGAGUGCAGAAAAUGCACUAAGUGAAGGUGGUUCAUCUUACAACUCCAUCUGUGAGCUUGUGAAGGAUAUUCGGAGCAGAUAGUUGUAAUCCCUUAAUUUAUUUGUAGAUGAACUCUUUUUUUCAACCAAGAAUAAAUUGUCUUUUUCAUGUAUGUCAAAUUAGGGCCAUCUUGUAAUAUUUUUGGACAUUCGAUAUCUGCUCGACUAA